AUGAAACCUAGUUUGCGCGUCGAUAUCGCGGCCGCUGAGGCUGCCGCGGCGUCAGAUGUCCAGGACACAGACAAUGAACCGCACCGUCUUCUUAAACUCUCGCACAGCCUACGAUACCAGCUCGCGCAACCGCCGAGGAGUCGGACAGCCCAGCGGGUGCGCCAUGAAUACUCCAUUGCAGGAGCAACAAAAAAGCAUCUUGGCAGGGUGCACAUGGAACUUCGCUUUUGCCUUGCUUGCCUCCAAACAACGAGCAGGAUGUCACAUUACCGGUACCUGGCGCCCUUCGAAGCUCUCCUCAAUCCUCGUGAGUGGUCCUGCAUGAACCCGCUCUUCCGACUCACGCAAGGGACCUCGACAGCCAGCCGCUACACGAGACCAGUCGACGCCCCUCGUCGUCAGCCUGUCACAGCAUUCCCAGCAGCUUCCCCCCAUAAAAGGCCCCGGAACCCGAAGCGGCCCUUACGGCGGCUUUGCGUCCAAAGCAUGGUUGCAGUACAGACCGAGUUCCGGCAGGACUUGGACGAGUUACGACAACACGUGGACGAGUAUGUCACCAAGCGCGAGCACCGCGCCUUCGACCUGGAGCGUACGGCAUUCAAGGCAGAAAUCGCGCAUCUGCGGAAACGCCUGGGGGAGUCGGAAGAUCGGGUGGUGAAGCUCCAGACGAUGCUGCCGGACCAUGACGGGGAGUUCCGGGGCCUUCGAGCGGAGGUUGAGGAGCUGGAGCGGGAGGCGGACCACUUCUGCGACCUGUAUGAACGGGAGGCCAAGGCCACCAGCUCAGCUCUGGAGGGCUUCCGCCAGGCAUUAGGCGACAUCAACGACAUCGAGAUGGAAUUUCAGCGCAUCAAGCAAAUCCUUGAUAACCUGCCCCAGGCAGCUCCUGGACAGCCGGGUCAAACCUUCGGCGCUACUCAGCUCUUGGCCCCCGGGAUGGCAGCCCACCAGAAUGGGGUCCGGGUUGCGGCCCCUGGGGGAACCCCGGAGCAGCCGGAAGCCGCUUCUUCCCGGGUAUGUUGCGGCUUCAUUCGCAUCACGCGGCGGGGAGGGCAGGGGGGUGCGCGUUGA